GGUUAUGACCUAAAGGACAAGAUCACGGGUACAAGCGGCCGAAAUGAGUUUCCUACGCCGGGUGGCGGGGCGCUCCCUUAGCGAUAUAGGGUGAGGAUCUUUGCCAUUCAGGGUGAGCUCAAAGUAAAGCCGCUGCUCCUCCACAUCGGGAGGAGUCAGAUGAGGUGGCAUCUGGUCAGGAUGCCACCCAAUCGCCUCUCUAGGGAGGUGUAUAGGGCACGUCCGACCGGUAGGAAGCCAGGGGAAAGACUAUGUCUUCCGGCUGGCCUGAGAACACUUCAGGAUCCCCCGGAAGGAACUGGACGAAGUGGCUGGGGAGAGGGAAGUCUGGGCUUCUCUGCUUAGGUUGCUGCCCACGCAACCUGACCUCGGAUAAGCGGAAGAAAAUGGUGGAUGGAUGGACCCUGGGACACUUUGUGUGGGAAAAUGUAUUUCCAAAUCCAAGCUGACCAACAUCUCCGCUUCGGUUCUCACAGCUCCCUUGUUUGAUGAAGAGAGAGAGAGAGAGAGAGAGUCUCCUCAUAUAAACAUGUAGGGAGCCACCAGCAGGAUGAAGUGACUGAGAGGACACGGGAUGCUCCAUUUGACUUUAAACAGCGAGAUUUGACAUUUCUCAAGUUUCAAUUCGACAAUGAGAGAAGAAGAAGCACAUUCUCCCUAAUUGAGCCCAAACUUUGCCGAACCGGCACCAUGAUGUCCAGUGUUCGCCGGCACAGCCUGCGCCUCCAGACCGAGCUCCUGCACCGCUGGAGCGUCUGCGACCCGAGCUCACACUUGCUUCCCGACGGUCUCCUGGCCCGCGUCCCCGCCUGCAUCUCCCACUCCAAGUCGAGCUCCGGCUCAGCCGGAGAGUCCGACGGAGGCAGCCGCGGCAGUUGGUCCUCUUCCGACUCGGUCAUCUCCGCCGACUCCGGUAGUCCUUACCGGGUGGUGCUCCUUGGGGCCAGCGGGGUUGGCAAGUCCGCCUUCGCCUGCAUCUUCUCCGGGGCCGCGGACAGCAUGGACAGUGAUGACUGCGAGCUUUGUGGAGAUGAACUGCAAGAAAAGGAGGUUGAAGUUGAUGGAGAACCUGCAACUAUAACUCUUUUAGACACAUGGGAUGCAGAGACUGACAGCGAAUGGUCCCAGGAGCUCUACAUGCAAUCUGGUGACGCCUUCCUGUUGUUGUACUCCAUAACUGACCGUGCGUCGUUCCUUCGUGCGUCAGAGCUGCGCAUCGUUCUCCGCCGCUUUCGCCCUGCCCAGCACACGCCCAUCAUCCUGGUGGGCAACAAGUGUGACCUGGUGCGACGGAGAGAAGUUUCCACCAACGAGGGCCGUGUCUGCGCCGCCGUCUUUGACUGCAAAUUCAUCGAAACGUCGGCCGCCAUGCAGCACAACGUGUGGGAGGCUUUCCGCGGAAUCGUGCGGCAGCUACGGCUGAGGAGAAACUCCAAGGACGCCGACUCCGCUGCUGCCAGAUGCCGCGGCCGCCGGGAGAGCCUUCCCAUAAAGGCCAAGCGUUUCCUGGACAAGAUGGUGGCGAAGAACAAUCCCACCAGGGCGUUCUGGCUCAAAUCUAAGUCCUGCCAUGACCUGUCUGUCCUGUAGGUCAGUGAUUGACACAUCUAGGCGAGGAUGGCAGCUUUUGGGAAAACAGAUGGUGUCAUGAGGGGCGUUCAAGAGAUCACUUUUGACCCUGAUGAUGACAUGAACUGUUCAAAUGUACCUGCUGCACAAAAAACAUGUUUCUUCUCUCCUCACUGUGUGUGCAUUCUGACUGCUAAGAUGAUUUAUUUUUUUAUAACUGCACUUUCCUGUCAAUGCUACCUUAACGUAACUGCAGUGUUCCUUUAAUAAAGUCUCUUCACUGUUGAA